AUGCGAAUUGAGCCCAAACUAUUGCUUGUCUGGAUUCUGGGCUUUGUCAUGGUGCUGAGCUACGCCAUCACUGACGACUUUGUAAGAGUGACACAGUUUUGUCCCGAUGGUCCUUCUGCGUUUGGUGAGAUCAUAAUUCUGUCCGAUCAAGAUGCUGUUUAUCCUUAUGCCUUGUGUCGGGGCAGAGAGUACAGUUUUGUUCAGAUCUCUGUAGGUGUCUACAGACUCCGGUUUCGCCAUUCUGGUGACCCAAAUGAAGACUGCCUCUCGACGCUUGUCUUUCAAGAGAAUUACUACGCUGUUCAAGUGAACAUCCCGAUUCAGGACAAUCUAGUGACUUCAAAAAUUGAAACCAAAAUCGUUAAAUGUCCGAUUGCAUUUCAUGCGCCUUCAAAGAUGACAAUUUCUAACAGGGAUGACUUGAUAUUCAAAAACAAGGAAUCUACACCUGUAGAAAAGCCAUCCAAUUUGGCUGACCUGAAGUUGCACUCAGACACCAUGAUUAAGCCUGAGGAACCGGAAACUAUAUUGAUGAGCCUUCAAGUACAGGAGAUCGACAAUUCCACAAACUUUGCCAACGUUCAGAUUUACUCUCUGAUGAAAAAUCCUCGCCUUGAAAUUAAUGGAGUUUCGCCUAUCGAAUGCCACAUGUCUGCCAAUUCGGAAGUUCAAUUUAUUAUAGACAAUGGCUGUGGCACUGGUUCCCUCUUACCGCUACACACCGGUUUCGAAGUACAAGGAAUCGUGUCUUGGAGUCCAGUUUUCUCGUUCCCAGUUCCGCACGACGGUUCUUUGUUCGUCAACUGCACCUUUGGGGUCUGCAAAAACAAAUGUAAUGGGUCUUCGUGUCACCAGAGCAAUAUUGACAUCCUCGCCAAAUACACAGCUUCUGCCGCCGUAUCUUUCACUUCUCUUCACGAGGACGUUCGGCAACACAUGGCAGAUUCGAAGGACGCCGGCCUGCAAGUUACCAACGGAUAUCCUCCCAUACAGAAUAACCCCGUGGACAAUGUUACAACUGGUACCCCGGCGUCAUACACCAUUACGGUUAAUGUACCCCUAAUAAUCGCUCUCUCCGUACUCAUUCCUAUUCGCCCCCCACCGCCCCCUGUCUAUUCCCCCCCCCAACUUCUUUGUGACCCACUUAAGCAAGUAACUCCAAAGUUUGACCCCUACUUUCUUACCCUAGUUUUCAACACCCCGGGGAUUUUAUCACUUUUGGGCCACCAUCUAUCUAUCUAUCUAUCUAUCUAUCUAUCUAUCUAUCUAUCUAUCUAUCUAUCUAUCUAUCUAUCUAAGGGCAUCUAUCUAUCUAUCUAUCUAUCUAUCUAUCUAUCUAUCUAUCUAUCUAUCUAUCUAUCUAUCUAUCUCAUUCUGAAACCAGUCCGCGAGUUUUUUUUCUCUCUUGUUUUUGGCAUUUUUGACACGUUUUUCACUUUUUCUUCUUCGACUUUUCUUCCCAUUCUAUUAUUUUCUUCUUCUUCUUCUUCUUCUUCUUCUUCUUCUUCUUCUUCUUCUACUUCUUCUUCGUUGUCGUCGUCGUCGUCUCUCUUCCCUUUUAUUCCCUUUUUCUUUCCUUCUUUCCUCUUCUUUUAUCUUCCCUUUUAA